AUGAAGAAUUUUCUAUCCGUUUGCGUCCUCAUAAUGAUGACGUUGGCCACAUCCUCAGUGUCCAUACCGCAUAGAUAUGAACUGUCAGAUUGGCUGUCACCGGUGGCCGAAGCCUAUCCGAUUGAAGCCAGCCCCGAUGAGGAAGAUGCAGUGGAUCGUUUGAUUCACACUUGGAAGGCGCGAUCGAACGAGGAGGAACAAUUCCAACCAAUACGGCGACUCGAGCGUCGACGAUUCUCGCGUCCUCACGGUCGCUGA